AUGCUGCCGUCCCAGCAAGUCCCACGGCGACCGGCACAGGAUCCGUACCGCUACAGCUCGGCGAGCGACGACAGCGAGUCGGCGACUUCAUCAGUCUCGUCCGCGCAACAUCCGGCGCACCACCCGCUCGACGCAGAGGAGGACGGCGGGGAGUCAGUGGGGGAGGGCUCACAUGCGCAGACUGGGACAGGGCAAGCGCAGGUGCGGCCCACGAGACCACACGACCCGGUUCGCCUUGCCUUGCCUCGCCCACCGCAACGAACGGUGAGCAUCGACACGGCCGGCGAACGAACCUGCUGGAUCUGCUACGCGACGUCGACGGAGGAACCCAAUCGCCCGUUCAUUCACGCCUGCUCCUGCACCCUCCUCGCCCACCCCGACUGCCUCCUUCAGUGGAUCCAGACGCAGGCGGCAACGCAGGCUCAGGCGCCGCGCUGUCCCGUAUGUGCGACGCCGAUCGUGAUCAAGGAGAAGCGGAGUGAGGCGCUGCGGCUGUACAAGAAGGUGCGACGAAACCUCGACCAGGUCUCGCUCGUCGCGGCAGUCGGAAGUCUGGCGGCGAGUGGGUGGUUCGUUGCAGCGGCGUACGGCGCCUGGGCGAUCAAGGUCUUCUUCGGCGACCAGGUCACGCAGGCGCUUCUUCUGCGGCACGAGAACGGCUUGCCUUGGAGGUACUGGCUCAACUUGCCCCUUAUUCCGCUCACCCUCGUCCUCUCCCGCACCCCGCUCAUCGACUCGCUCCUCCCCUUCCUCCCGCUCACCCUCGUCCUCUCUACCCAUACUCACACACCUCUCUUCGACCCAAUCGGUCUCGACGACCUCACGCUCCGCUGGCCGCCUUCACCAACCCUCACGGUCUGCCUCCUCCCCUGGCUUCGCAUCUUCUACUUUCGCAUGCGCACGAAAGUCUUUGACGCUGUCCUCGGCAAAAAGAAGCGGUUCAGAGGGUUGGCGGGUGUCUUUGAAGAGGCGGCGGAGGACGAGCUGGCGACUGUUGACACGAACGAGCAGCCGAGGAGGGAGAUCAUGGGUGUUGUGGCGACGUUUGAGCUGGAUGUCGAGGCUGAGACAGCACGGCAGGCGGCCGCGUCGACUGCUCAGGCUGGUGAAGCAGUGACUCAGCCCAACGGAGCUCGACCGGAGGCUCAGACGGAGCAGCAUGAGGACGCCGCACCGGCGCCUCCGUACGCCGAGAUCGAACCGGCGCAGCAAGAGCAAGACGGCGAGGAGCAAGGCGUGCAGCCUGACCUACUGCGUCUUCGCGUCGGUCUUGGACGGCUCACCUCCAUCGUCCUCGGCGCUCUCCUCUUCCCCGCCCUCUCCUCCCUCGCCGGUUCAGCCCUCUACUUCCUCGCCUCCCGCCAGUCCUCCGCCCGUCCCUUCCGCCUCCUCCGCCGCAUUCUCGGCAUAAGCGCCGUCAUUGCCGCCUCGCGAACGAGCUCAACCGCCUCACGCGCAGGCAGCGUUCUCGGACUCGGCUGGAUUCGCCAGCUCACGAGUGCUGGAUCGGCGCUUCGCGCUGCGCCGAUGGACCCGCGGUGGGUGCGCAACACGAUCGGAGCGGGGUUGGUGCUGCUCGUCAGGGACGCGUUCGAGCUGACGGCUGGAGUGCUGGAGAAGCGGAGGAAGGAGUCGAGGAGGAUCGUCGAGCGGCCGUUCAGGCCGAGCUCGGGUGCGAAUGGUACGCAGGAGCCGAGGAGGGCGAGCGAUGGUACGGCGGCUACAGCAGCGGUGUCGAGCGGCGGACGGGACAGGCAGGGUCGUGAGGCUGUCGUGCACAACUUUCUGUAG